ACGCAACAUCAAUAUCAUCGUUACAUUUUAUAACAAUUCUGAGAGUGAGAAGCAUUCAGCUAAGAGAAGAGAAGAUGUCUCUGAUUCCAAGUAUUUUGGGUAACAGGAGGAGCAACGUCUUGGAUCCAUUCUCUCUCGACGUGUGGGAUCCCUUCAGGGAUUUCCCUUUUCCCACUUCUGUGUCUGUGUCUGCCAGGGAAAAUUCAGCGUUUGUGAGUACCCGAGUGGAUUGGAAGGAGACCCCAGAGGCGCACGUCUUCAAGGCUGACAUUCCAGGGCUCAGCAAGGAGGAAGUCAAGGUUCAGAUCGAAGAUGACAAGGUUCUUCACAUCAGCGGAGAGAGGAACGUUCAGAAGGAGGACAGGAACGACACGUGGCAUCGUGUGGAGCGUAGCAGUGGAAAGUUCACGAGGAGGUUCAGGUUGCCGGACAAUGCAAAAGUGGAUAAAGUAAAGGCUUCUAUGGAAAAUGGGGUUCUCACUGUCACUGUUCCCAAGGUAGAGGUUAAGAAGCCUCAUGUUAAAAGCAUAGAGAUCUCUGGUUAAGCAAGGGCUAAUUGUUGUUGGUGUCUCUGUUUGAAAUCGUGUGGUUUUCUUUGUUGCCAAAAAUAUCGUGUAAUGGGAGUUGCGAGUGAAUAAACAUGUAAAUAGUUGUCGUUGGUGACUUGUUAUGUGAACUGUGGUUUUGUGAUUUUGCUAUCAUGAAGUAAAAUGUUAUUUUCUGCUUA